UAAAAAUUUUCAAAAUUCCAAAUUUGCAAAAUUAAUAUUUCGCCUUUUUUUUCAUUUCAAUUCGGUAAUAAAAUGGCAGCCACAAAUUGGAAUAAAUCUAAAAUCGUUUGCAUUACUGAGGAAAGCUCACCGGUCAUUGAAAAUAGCUUCAGUACAGGUACAGAUCUUUAUGUUGUAAAACUUCAAAACAUGCGUACCAUAAUCGAGGUGCGUCGUUUUAUGUACAGCAAAUUACUUCCAAAUGGUACUAUCCUACCACUUGACUUUACAACCAACAAUACACAUUUCAUUGAUGAUUAUAUCAAUUAUUGUAAGACGUUAGUAGAACCUACACGUAGUGUCUUCCCAACUACAGCACCAAACAUAAUUAUACCAAGAACCAACUUUAUUAAUGUAGAAGAAAAGCGAAAUCAAACAACAUCUAUGGCAAAUAUGUCCAAAGUGAAUGCUCAAACGCAGACAAUAUGUACACGUAGCAUAAGUACUUCAACUGAUCCUGAGAAAAAAGUCAGAUUUGUUUUCCCCAGAAAAAAAACUCGGAAUUGCUGUUCCUGUCGCUCAGACAACGACCUUUUUAAAAGACCAAGGAAGAUGUUAAUCUUUAGAUCAGCAACUAAUUUGAAAAUUGGAAAUAAAAACUGUAAAGGAAAUGCUUGUAAUGAAUCUGAGAGCUGAAUUAGUUCAUUAAGUUAUCAAUAUGUGAACCUUUUGAAAAACAAAAAGAGAUGCAAAAUAUUCAUAAUAAUAAAGAGGUAGCAUUUAAUAUA